AUAGCCUGAGGAGCUCACUAGGCCUUUUCAUUUUUUUUCAACUCCCCUCCGUGCUUCCGCUGUCACUGUAGUGCAUGCAAGAGGAGUGGUAAAAAGAGACGUUGCCUAUACCUUGAGCUACCUCUCAUCCAUCAGAGCUGAGCGAGACAGGGAGUGUGUGUGUGAUGCAACGGAUGGUGUCCAUCGUCCUUUCCUAUGACUAGGAGGAGUCAGCUGCUAGCUAGUGUUGCGUCGUCCAUCGCAUCACCUGCUUGCUUCCGUUGCCGGUGCUUUGCAAUACAUACGUCUUGCAAGAGCUGAGCUAAGCUGAGCUGAGAGACGGCUUGCAUUUGGUGUUGUGUGCCUAGCUAGCUACAUAUAUUCUGUAGCUAAUAAGCUAAGCUUUAGCUCAUUGGUGGGGUGCUUGUAUUGGCUUGUUGCACCGGCCGGCCGCCAUGCAGGGGCAAGUUGCUGGUGACGACGCAGGUGGUGCAGGCAGCCCUAGCAGGCGGCGGGAGAGCUCGGCCGCCGCGCGCUUGGUGCGUGGCCCCAUCAUCGUCGGCGCGGGGCCGUCCGGGCUGGCCGUGGCGGCGACGCUGAGCCGGCACGCGGUGCCCUUCACGGUGCUGGAGCGUUCCGACGGCAUCGCCGACCUGUGGACGAACCGCACGUACGACCGGCUCCGGCUGCACCUCCCCAAGGUGUUCUGCGAGCUCCCGCACGCCCGCUUCCCGGCCGACUUCCCCACGUACCCGACGAAGCACGACUUCCUCCGGUACCUCCGCUCCUACGCCGCGCGCUUCGCCGUGGCCCCGCUGUUCGGGCGCACGGUGACCUGCGCGCGGUACGACGCGGAGGCGUCGCUCUGGAGGGUCACGGCGGUGUCGUCGUCGUCGACUGCCGCGGGCGGCGGCGCGGCGGCGGAGACGACGACUGAGACCGAGUACGUGUCGCCGUGGCUGGUGGUGGCCAGCGGGGAGAACGCGGAGGUGGUGGUGCCCACGGUGAAGGGGAGGGAGAGGUUCGGCGGGGAGGUGCUGCACUCCAGCACGUACAGGAGCGGGGAGAGGUUCAAGGGCAUGAGGGUCCUGGUCGUGGGCUGUGGCAACUCCGGCAUGGAGAUGUGCUUGGACUUGUGCGAGCACGGUGCCAUGCCCUUCAUGUCCGUCAGGAGCGGGGUGCACGUUCUGCCGAGAGAGAUGUUCGGGGCCUCAACGUUCGGCAUCGCCAUGAAACUGCUCCGAUGGCUGCCGAUCAAGAUGGUGGACAGGCUCCUGCUCCUGGUGGCGAGGAUGGUCCUGGGUGACACCGAGAAGCACGGGCUGAGGAGGCCCAAGCUAGGCCCGCUGGAGAUCAAGAACGUCACCGGCAAGAGCCCUGUUCUGGACGUGGGAGCAUGGUCGUUCAUCAAAUCUGGAAACAUCAAGAUCGUGCCAGAAGUGGAGUCAUUCACCGGCAGCAACGGGGUGAGGUUCGUGAACGGCGACGAGAUGGCCUUCGACUCUGUCAUCUUCGCCACCGGCUACAGAAGCAACGUCCCUUGCUGGCUCAAGGAUGACGGCGAGCUGUUCACCGAGGACGGAAAGGCGAAAGCUGAGCAGCCGAGCGACGACGACAGGUGGAGGGGUCCCAACGGGCUGUACCGCGUGGGGUUCUCCGGCCAGGGCUUGCUCGGCGCUGGCGCGGACGCGCUGAGGGCCGCCGCCGACAUCGCCGGGAGGUGGCAGGCGGAGGUGGCAGCAGCGGUGGCUGGAGCCAAGGUUUCCUCGGCCUCGGUGUAGUCGUCGUCCACAGAGCGUGCAUGCAUGGUGGUGUUGCUGCGCCUGCUGCUCGCUGCUCCGUGUGACGACGACGAUCGUGACCUAGCUAGCGGUCGGCCGGCCGGCCGGCUGCUAUGUAUGUACUACCCCGUAUGUAGCAAGCCAAGAGGGAUGUCGAGCGGGGACUGCUGGUGACGACGACUGGGCGGCGUGAGUGAGCAAGCGAGGAGCAGCACGCAGCAGGUGCCCCUGAUGGACGGCGCUGUGCGCUGCUGUGCAUGUGCGUGCUGAAGCAGCAGCAGCUGCCUGCGCGCUCCCUGCAGCUAGCUCUCCGAUCGAUCCAGUCCUUGUGCUGCACAGAUCACUGACGACGUGUGUGUGUGUGUGUGUGGUGGGGUGCUGCGCUGAGGAGGAAGAGGCCGCCGGGUGACCAGCCGGCGUCGCUCUGUGUACGUGUACGUGUGCGCGCGUAUGUGCAGGAGGCUGGGGCUGUGACAAAAUUUUGCAUAGGACGUCGUUUGUCUCAUGUACCCGUGCAUGCACAUAGCGAUGAAAUAGCGCAUGCGUCUUUUUCUUUCUUGUGUCCAAGGAUGCAGGCGCUGAUGUCGUCCGCAUUACGCGUCUCCGAUUCCAAUACCCUUCGGUUGGUUUGCCCCCA